GCCAGCCGCCGGACCCUUCCCACUAGGUCCUCACUCAGCAAUCGGGUCUCUACCGACUUCCGGCGGCGGGAGCCGCCGGGUGCACCUACUGCGCGUGCGCGAGGCCCUGGCGACCCCCGAUGCUCAGUUCCCCUGUGGCGGGGACUUGGUACGGCCCAGCGGUUGGCGUACUUUGAGGCUCCAGUCAGGGGCGGGCUUUUCAAAUUACCCAUUUGAAGGAGAGGCGACAGCCCGGACUGGUUGCGCUGGAGAUGGAGAAGCAGACCCUGAAGGGGCCUGAGCUCAGCCUGGCGGGGCUUCCCGCCCAGCAGGACUGCAGCAUUCAAGAAAAAAUAGACUUAGAAAUUCGAAUUCGAGAAGGCAUAUGGAAGCUCCUUUCUCUGAGCACUCAGAAAGACCAGGUUUUACAGGCAGUUAAGAAUCUUAUGGUGUGCAACACUCGAAUAAUGGCUUACACAUCGGAGCUACAGAAAUUAGAAGAGCAGAUUGCAAAUAAAACUGGAAGAUGUGAUAUGAAUUCUGAAAAUAAAGAAAGAACAGCUUGCAAAGGAAAGGUUGCCAUAUCAGAUGUUCGAAUACCACUAAUGUGGAAAGACUCUGAUCACUUCAGCAGCAAAGAACGAUCACAGCGCUAUGCCAUUUUUUGUUUAUUCAAAAUGGGAGCUGAAGUUUUUGAUACUGACAUGGUGAUUGUGGAUAAAACAAUCACAGAUAUAUGUUUUGAAAAUGUAACAAUAUUUAAUGAAGCAGGACCAGACUUUCAGAUAAAGGUGGAAAUGUAUAGUUGCUGUACAGAAGAAUCUCCCAUAACCAAUACACCAAAAAAGCUAGCUAAGAAACUUAAGACAUCUAUAAGUAAAGCUACAGGAAAGAAAAUAAAUUCAGUGCUUCAGGAAGAGAAUCAUGAAACAUGUUUGUUCUUCAAUUCUACUACUGUUGGUGCAAAGUAUAAUUUGCUAGCUCAUACCACCCUAACCUUGGAAAGUGCUGAUGAUAGCUUCAAGACUCACAAUCUAUCUAUUAAUGGAAAUGAGGAGUCUUCAUUUUGGCUUCCCUUAUAUGGCAACAUGUGCUGCCGAUUAGUUGCCCAGCCAGCUUGUAUGGCUGAGGAUGCAUGUGCAGGAUUUCUUAAUCAGCAGCAAAUGGUGGAAGGUCUGAUUAGUUGGAGGAGGUUGUAUUGUGUUUUGAGAGGAGGUAAACUGUAUUGUUUUUAUAGUCCGGAAGAAAUUGAAGCUAAAAUGGAACCAACUUUGGUAGUGCCCAUUCAUAAGGAAACCAGAAUCCAUGCAAUGGAUAAAGAUGCCAAAAAAAGAAUCCAUAAUUUUUCUGUCAUCAACCCUGUUGCUGGACAAGCUCUAACUCAUGUUUUUGCAGUUGACUGUAGAGAAGAUCUUCAGAAAUGGAUGGAAGCCUUCUGGCAGCAUUUCUUUGAUCUUAGCCAAUGGAAGCACUGUUGUGAAGAACUUAUGAAAAUUGAGAUUAUGUCACCACGGAAACCACCUUUGUUCUUGACAAAAGAGGCAACCUCAGUCUACCAUGAUAUGAGUAUUGACUCGCCUAUGAAGCUUGAAAGUUUAACUGAUAUAAUACAAAAAAAAAUUGAAGAGAUGAAUGGACAAUUUCUUAUUGGUCAGGAUGAAGAAUCCUCCCCUCCUCCUUGGGCCUCAGUCUUUGAUGGUAACCAUAAAAUGGUCAUCCAGAAAAAGGUAUUGUCCCCUACAAGUGAGCAAUUACAUGAUGGGAAAAGGAAAAAGAGACGAGCUCCCCUUCCUCCUUCCGAUAAACCUCCAUUCAGCUUAAAAACACAGAGCAACACAGAUCAAUUGGUUAAGGACAACUGGGGAGAGGCAAGUAUAUCUCAAACCUCGCCUUUGGAUACCAGACUAUCAAUCCUAAUGCAUCAUUUACAGAAACCAAUCGCUGCUCCUCGAAAACUUCUUCCUGCCAAGAAAAAGACUUUAACUGAUGGUGCACACACGGAUACUGAAACCAAUAUUGAAGCUAAGCCAGUGCCAGCUCCAAGGCAGAAAUCCAUCAGAGACAUUUUGGACCCUAGAUCAUGGUUACAGGCACAAGUAUAGAAAGCCCUUACCAUAUAAAACAUUUAACAAAAUCUAUAACUGUGAGGCUUAACUCAAAGUCAUAAAUAUAUUAAUGUCAUAUAAUUUCAUAGGUAAAUAUGGUAGUGGUUUGCAUAUGUAAUUAAUAAGCUAUUUGGUGUAGAAAAACAUCUUUAUAAUGAAGACAUUGAUUUCUCUUUUAUUUCUGAGUUUCAGAAUAUAAGUGAUUUUCCCUGCAGAGUGUAAGAGGCAGUUUCUAGACAAUAUCCUAAUUGUUGGAAGGGUUAAUUUAUUCCUAAAUUAGUACCAGGCAGUGAAUAAGCACUACACAGAAGAAAGCAUUAACAUUUCUUUUGGGGAGAGACUGUCUAGUAAUUUAAAAUGUGUUAAAUAUGAGCCAUAUUCUCAUUGUGAGAAUUUUAAUACUAAUGGAAUGUUUCAAAGGUUUUAUUCAAACCACAAAUUAUAGAAUCCACCCAAGAAAAUUUUCUUCUUAGCAUUCUGGAAUUCUCAUCUAAUGGUUCACUGACUCUCAUCUAUUGUUUAACUCACUAGUUUAUAGGGUUGACCUUUUAAAUUCCUGGGAUAAAUUUUGGAAUAUUAAAUUCUUUGUCUUUAAAGGGAAUUUCUAAUGUGCUAUUCAAAGUCAUUUCCUUGAUGAGCCCUGAAAUCCUGUUGACAUUAAUUCUCAUAAGUGAAGCAAAACAUUUAUUAGUUUAGAGAAAUGGUAGAUGAAAUGUUCUUUACAUCCACUUUUCUGUGUGUGGUGCUAAUUUCCAUUGUGAUUUUUUAGAAUUUGGGGAAGUGAGUAGCUGAUUAACACCUUAAGAUUUAUUUAAUACUUAUUUAAAAAGCAGAUGGUAGAUUCAAAAAUAUCAGAAAAAAAUGGCCAUGGUAAUAAUUUCCAGAAUUAAUCCUUUUUAAAAUUUUAAUUAGGUUUCCUUUCUCUAGUAAGGGUUGAUGUCUGCUAUUGAUAUUAUUCAUUAAAAGUCAUAUUCUUACAAUAAUAACAUUGAAAUCAUUUCCAUAGGAGGUAAUUUCCAUAGCAACUAAUCGCAGUGACCCAAACAGGAUUAUGAAAUGAAGGGAGGAAUAAAUAGCAAGAGGAUGAAUAUCUUCAAGGAACAAAAAAAUCCAUUUUUUAAUGCUCCUUGUAAACAACAGCUGAAUGGUUUUAAAAAUCUAAUCAGAAUUUCCAAAUAAAAGUUUCCAUAAGGUGUCAGCAACGGCUCUAAAAAUCUCAAUUCACACUGAACCUUAAACGUUAUUGCAAGAAGUAAAAAUAUAAGAAUUAAAUUACUGCCCUGUGUGUAAUCUCUAGAGAUCUUUUUAAAGCUAGUAAGAACUCUAUUUGGAUCAGAACUACAUUAUUACAAAAUAAAAUGAACACUUGACCAAAAAAAGCGUUAAUUUAAAUGGAGCCUCUCGUUAUUUUUAGAUAACUGAGUCUUUCUUCAUUUAUAGAGUAUGAUGUAACUGCCAGGUUACUUUUGUGCUUGCCCAGGAUUCUUAGUAAGAAUUAGAACUCUAGGGAGUAAAGACACAAAAGGUCUCUUGUGAUUGGUGACACCAGGACGCAUUUGGUGAGAAGAAAGUAUGUUUACCUGAUGGAAUUCUGACACAAUUACAUGUAUGAAAAAUCUAAAAAAUCGUUAGUUUAUUUAUUUUUUUUUUGACGAGAAGGCUCUUUCUAUUGUGUUUGCUGUUUCAGUAAAUGGAAUAUUAAAAAUGGAAAGGAUAUUAUUGUUUAAAUUUUUUGUUUAUUUUUUAAAACCUCACUGCUGUUUUUGACAGCAUUCCUGACUGUCAGUGCCCUAAAUUUUUGAGCUAGAAGAUGCUGCAGGCUAAAUUGUUUCUUCUUAAUGGCAUCUAAACAUUCUUUUUUUUCCCCCUUGUUGUUGAUACCUUCUUUUAUUAUAAGCCAAUAUUAAAACUUCCAAAUUAUAUUCUUGUCAUUUCUCCUCAUGCAAAUUACAACAGGAAAAAUCUAAGUUGUACAGGAAAGAGAAUUUACUCAUAAAGAAAUUUCCUAGCAGUUGUGUUCUCAGAGAGGAACUCAGAAGCAGAUCUGAAGUCCUUCCUAGAACUAUUUAGGUGAAACCUAAUCAAGGACCAACCCCCCACCCUACCCCACCCCCACAAAUUAUUCUGUUUCUGAGGACCCAUCUUAUUAUAUGUUACAAAGCCUUUAAGAUCCCUUGAAGUCUUCAGCUAUGCCCUUUGACCACUGUGUUCAUUAAAUGCUAGCUCACACCCUCUUAAAGGGGGUGGUUACAAUACAAAGUUGGGUGGAUUUUUUUUUCUUCCUUCCCCCUCCUACACUCUGCCUCCUCUGCUCCUCCCCCACCUUCCUUCCUUCACAAUUUAAAAAAAUAUCUAAAAAUACUGAGUUAAAAACUGUCAGGGAGUUCAUCAGAAGUAUUUGUUUUCUCAUUUCCUGAACCAGAGUUUAUGACAAAGAAAUAUGCCAUGUAAUAUAAAAGAUGUUUCAGAUUUUUAUGAGCUGGCUUUUCAUAUUCCUUGUUUGUCCUUUUAAUUUGCUUCUUGAUGUAUGAAGACUAUAAACUUAAAGAGUUAGCUGUCAGAUCUUGAUAAUAAUAUUAUAAUUAGAGAAACAUAAUAGAAGGAACAGAUAUUUUAUAUUAUGAUAAUUUUGAUGUUCUGAAGAUAAUGUCUCAGACAAUUACAUUUAUGUUUUAAGCUCUAGGAUAUAAAUUACUUACAGCAGCAUUUAAGAUAGUAUUAUUUUUAAUUGCUACAAAGUGAUAAAUUUUUUAUUUUUACAUUUUGCAAGGACAAAGAAGACUGUUUUGUUGUUGUUUUAAUUGUAAAUGCAUACCUCUUACCUCCUUAACUGUCUGCAGUGCCCCCUAACUUCUUUCAGUGGAUGUGAAUGUAUAUGGAAAACUAAAUCCAUUUAUUAUAAAUAUCUUAUCUUUACCCUUUAGUAUCCCAUCAAAUGCAUUUUACCUGAUACUAUUUACUAAAAAUAGAGGUUGCCUUGGUUUAGAGAGGACUCAUAUAAGAUAGGUUGAACAAUCAAGUAUUUCUUUAGGCUUAUGUUCAGCACCUCAGUUACCUACUGUGAAGUUAAUUAAUUCAGUCCAAAAUGAAACUAUGGAGCAGUUUGAUGCAGCUUAUGUUAAAUGCAUUCUAAUGUAAUCAUCUGUUACCAUGAAUGAAGAACAAUCAUAAUAAAUAGAGGUAGAAUGUUGAACUGUGAAAAAGAAGAGAAAUACUUUUGCAGGAAAGAAUAUUUGUCCAAAAUUUAUUAAAAUUCUUUUUUUAAAAUAGUGAAUUAUUGAAUAGUACUUAAAUUUUAAUUGAUGACCAUUUGUGUUCUAAUAAUUAUAUUCACUGUUCUGUUAAACUAUAAUAUAGAGUUGACUUUUGUACUUAAACAUUUCAAAGUAUUAUUGUUCUUAAGUAUUUACAUGUUUAUGUUUAACUUCUUCAUUGAUAAUAAUAGUUCUAAGAAGAUUGUUUAUUCCGGAUUAUGCAUUUUUCUAGUUUGACCUGGGAAUAAUAUUACCUUUGAAUUUUUAAAAGACAAGAUUUUAUUUGGAAAUAUGUUAGGGUGUGUUUUUUUGUUUGUUUGUUUGUUUUGUUUUGUUUUGUUUUUGACAUGCUGGUAUCCUUAGUAUUGUUUAUCAUUUUUAUUUUUUAAUUAAAUGCGGAUCUGAUUUCUGGAUUAAAAAGCAUUGAUUUUAUCACAGACUUUUAAAAAAAAAUCAAAGGUUUGGUGAAAAAGCCUAAGUCAUGUAAUUCAAACUUCUGUACAUUAAAGGAACUGAUUCAUGAAGA